UUGAAUUGAUGUUGAAAAACAGUGAUGUUAAAGGAGUUGAGCUAUUAAGCAAUGAUGAACAAACCCGCAAUUUAAUGUACGCAGAUGACAUGUGCUUAUUUUCAGAUAAUAUUGUAGACAUGCAAAGGAAGAUCAAUUGUUUGGAGAAGUAUUGUAACCAGUGGGGACUGUCUGUAAAUUUGGAAAAGACAAAGAUGAUUGUUUUUAGAAAUGGAGAAAGAGAGAGAGAGAGAGAGAGAGAGAGAGAGAGAGAGAGAAGAGGGUCCAUUUGUUGUAAAGUCCUUGAUGUACCGCCGAACUUGCUACGAGUGACGUCAUCGCUAAGGUGACCCCAAGGAAAGAUUUAUAAGUCAGGUUACCACUGUUGAAUAUCCUAUUGUGUUUAGAUAGAGCGUGUGGACUUGGACAAAAUAAAUUGUGCGGCACUGCACGACCGCGUUCUAUGGACGAACCACGCCUGAUAUCCAUUUUUUCCUAGGCUUGCCAAUUUCUCUGUUUUUAAUCGGAUUUCUGGUUGUACGCUCUCACUGCUAUAGUACUGUCUUGUGGUAGUCGUGACACAUCCCAAACCGCCUAUCUCGUUGUUUGUCGAUGUAUUGCAACCAGGUGAUUCCUCCAACUUGUUCGUCAUUCGGGGCAGAGAAAUCAUCGACGUUUUAAACCAAAAAAAAUUGUAAUCGACUGAUGUUUCAAUUUACUUCACAAUUCGAAUUUCUCUUUGCAGAUCUCUUCAGUUUGGACAGCGUGAACUCAGCCAAGAAUUACAGCAUGCCCUUCAGGCUUCCGUGUAGGCCCCUUGGCACCUCAAACCAGACUAUCGCAGUCUUCUGUUUCCUGGGGAGCGUAAUUACGUUCAUCAUGCUGGGAACGACUUUCCAAAACAGCAACACCAUCGUUCAGAAACUGAUGCUUCGCUUAAACACACUGUCCAACCAGUCCUUAGGAACAGCAUCGGCCUACAAAAUAACAGAACUGGUUCCUAAAAACCAGCUCUCCAUCAACACCAUGAACCUCUUAACCGAUUCUCUCAGUAUCAAACUCAAAGACGCUGAAACCACAAAGAACCACCCGGUGUCUUUCAAGAGCUGCAACGAGCUAAAAAUAGCCAACUACAACGACACUUGCAAGCCAGACAGUAAAAAAUGCCUGCAGACUGCACUUCCUGUGUCAUUGACGGACCGAAUAAAAAGUCUGAGUGUUCUAGACCACAUGCCGGUGCCCGAAAACUACAGAGACAUAAUGCAACAGAUGCGAGAUAAAGUGAAUGGCAACCAUGACGUCAUCAUUAUCAGUGGAAUUUCAUCCAAUCACUAUUUGGAAUCUCAGGCCAUGUUAAAAAACUUUCACGAGAAAGUGUUCCCUGUGCUUCCUAACUUUGUUAUGGUUGUGUAUGACCUGGGGCUCACAAAACAGGAACGGAAGCAGUUGGAGAACCAUUGUAG